UUUCUAUCAAAUGUCAACAUACGAACGUCGAAAUGCAUUAUGCACCUACGAUAAGAUAGCAUCAUGGUAACUAAAGCAAUUAUUUCUUCAGCAAUAAUACAACGCUUAGCUUCGCUUGCUUGCCAUCAGCAUUAAUAUUGCUUCUUUUACACUGCUGCAAUUACGGUAAAACAGAAUAAAAUAAAAUAGAAUACAUUGCAAUCAAAAGAUACCUCGUCCCCAAUCGAAAAAAAAAGAAGAAAAAAAAAAGCAUGCCCGACCGCCCACCUCCUCACGCCCGCCCGGGCACCAACAGGACCGCGCGCGCGAACACGGCGGGCAUCCGGCGCAACCUGUUCCAGAACCAGCUCACGCGGCGCCCGACGCCCACAACGACAACGACGGCGGCGGCGGCGGCGGCGGCGAUGGCGACGACGACGUCCUCCUCCCAGUCGUCCGCCAACUCCAACAACUCGGCCGAGACGCUGCGCCUCGGCGACGUCGAGGUCCUGUCCGACACCUCCGAUAUCGUCGUCCGCGACAAGAACGGCGAGUUCGACGUCGGCGACCCGCCUACCCCUCCGCUCGACGACCCCGAGGAGGCCGGCGGCCCCGGCCCCGGCGCGUUGGACGACGCCCAGGAGAACGAGCGCGAAAGACAAAGAUUGGCAGAAGCGGUCAAACACUACCAGGUAAAUCUCAAUCGCACGCCGGCGCAACCCGAAGAAAUCCUAGAGACGCUCCGAGCCAGCAUGAGAGCCAAAGUAGCAGCACUAGCCGAAGACAACUGGAUGUACGAGCCAGAAGAGCAGCAGCGGCCGCAAUGAUAUUCUCUUUUCGUCGUGGAAAAUAGUAUGCUACGAUGCCUAAUGAGACCGCUAUACGGAUUCCCACCCAAAACGACCAACCUAAGGUUACCUUAGGUAGUGGUAGUCUAAGUACUACCUAAGUAGUAUGUUAA